AGACCACCCCUCCUGCUCCCUGUGAUGUGUGAGGCAGGGCUGAUUGCUCCAGAGCCCUCUGGCCCCAUGCAGUACUAUGGUGAGUCGUCCGACACCUACUACCACGUGGACCACUGGCAGAGGCUGCGCACGGCUGUCAGGAAGCUGGAGUUCUGGGAAAACUUCAACGCCGAGCUGAUAGGCAGCGGCUUCUUCUCCAAGGUCUACAAGGUGACCCAGGCUGCUGCUGGUAAAGUGAUGGUGGUGAAGAUCUACAAGAAAGACGUGGACCAAGAGGUGAUUGUGCGUGAGAUCAGCCUGCUGCAGAAGCUGUCCCACCCCAACAUUGUCAGGUACCUUGGGAUAUGUGUGAAGGAUGACAAGCUGUACCCCAUUCUGGAGUACGUGAAUGGGGGUUGCCUGGAGGAGCUCCUGGCCAGCAAGGACAUUGCUUUGACGUGGAAGGAAAAAGUGGACUUAGCUUCUAACAUCACCAGAGGCAUGAUCUACCUGCACUCCAAGAACAUCUACCACCGAGAUCUCAAUUCCAAGAACUGCCUCAUUCGAGUGACGCCGCGAGGCCGCGAGGCGCUGGUGACUGACUUCGGGCUGGCCAGGGAGGUGGUGGAGCUGCCUGUGAAGGAAGCAGAGAGGAAGCUGUCUCUGGUGGGCUCUGCUUUCUGGAUGGCUCCUGAGAUGCUGCGGGGAGAGCCCUAUGACCGGAAGGUGGAUGUGUUUUCCUUUGGCAUUGUCCUCUGUGAAAUCCUGGGCAGGAUCCCAGCUGACCCCGAAGUGCUUCCCAGGACACAGGAUUACGGCUUGGAUGUUGCUGCCUUCCAAGGGAUGAUCAGCGAUUGCCCCAGGCGACUGAUGGACCUUGCUGCUAGCUGCUGUCGGGUGGAAGCAUUUAAGAGGCCGUCUUUUUCUGAAAUUCUGGAUGAGCUGGAGGAUGUUGCGGAGAGCCUGGAGCCUAGAAGGGACAAUCAGCUUUCAGGCUGA